GCUUUCUCCUUUUCCGGCAAGCUCUGAUCUGACAAAAUAUCCUCAAUUAAUGGAAUAACCACAUAAGGCGAAAUUGAUUCGAGAUGAAAGACUCACAUAAAGUUACGACAUGACGGAGCGCUUCGAAGAAAGCACUUCAUACCCGGAGGUGGACUAUGUUCCACGAUUCCCGUGGGUGGGCUCCAACAAGCCUGGUCACGAGCCAUCGAGUAGUCAUGAUGUUACGAUGCAAGAUGCAGACCCGUUCACUGAAGAUAUUUCCAGACAAGAUGGGGGUUUCAAUGGGUCUGGAUUCAAUGAAGGCCCCAGUUCGAUAGGCCAAAGUCUUUCUCAGGUUACAAAUCUCGGCGCGGAUUUUAUGCUCGAUCCGUCGCUUCUUGGAGAUGCUGCUGAUGACGAUGAUGAAGCCAAUGAUUCUGAUAUGGACGACUUGGGGGACGAAGAUCUCCGGGGGAUCUGAUGGCGAACUCAGUGGGUUCUCGAAUGAUGAAGAUGGCGCUCGGCCUGCCCGCAGACAGCGCCAACGGGGCCGUGGCAAGCAAGCAGCGCGUGGUCGCAAAGGCAAAAGAGGUCCACAGAAGCCAGUAGAGCCCAGCCAAGAGUUCAAGUUGAUGCAAUCGAAGGCUACCAGUGCUUUCAUCGACAAUGAUUUCGAGAGGGCCAAAGAGUAUGCUUUGCGUGCCAUUCAUAUCAAUGACGAAAUGUUUGCUCCAUACUCACUGCUGUCUGAAAUCCACUUGGCGCAAGGUGAAAAGCAAGCUAGCUUGACUGUCCUGAUGACGGGUGCCUACACCAAGCCCAAGGACGUGGCUCUCUGGUGGAAAAUUGUGCGAAUGACAUUGGAGCGCUGUGGAGACGACCGAGUUUUGUAUCGGGAGCAGCUUCUCGAAUGCUAUGGAGCAAUUCUGAGGGUCGAUAAAGACGAUGUCGAAGCAAGAUAUGGACGAGCCGAGAUCAACAGAGAAUUAGGGAACAGAGGCCGAGCUGCCCACGACUAUGAGCGAAUUUUAAAAAUCUCCCCUCAUGAUAUGAAUGCAUUACGUAUGCUGGCCGAGGUUUACAUUGACAUGGGGCAUCCUGAUAGAGCACUGACGCACUACCGCGAGAGCCUCGCAUACUAUCGGUCAUUCGACGUACAAGUAGAAGAAGGUUUCUCUUGGUCGGAUGCGAAUAUCUAUGUUGAACUCUUUGGGUAUCUCGAAAAAUAUACAGAAGGCAUCUCCGAGCUCAAGUCUGUCUGCCGAUGGCUCUUGGGGCGAGAGUCAGAGACCUACUGGGACAGUGUGCAGGAUGACGACCGAGAAUGGGACAGAGAUGAUGCUCCCCGAAGGCUGGAGAUUGAAGAUUUUGAGCCACGGCUAUAUGAGCUCGAUACAUAUGGAUCUGGCCUUCCACUUGAGCUUCGGAUCAAAAUGGGAGUCUAUCGACUUCGUUUGGGCGAACGCUUUGUCAAGGAAGCUUUGGAACACUUUUCGUGGCUGGAGCCAGAGGGGCCCAACCGCGACGAUAUGGUGGCGGAUUACCCGGAUCUGUACAAGGACGUUGCAGAUGCGCUCUACGCAGAAGAGAAAUAUGUAGAAGCUCUACGAUUUUAUGAACUUUUGCAGCAAGUCGAUGGUUAUGGUGAUACGCCAUACUGGAUGGCACUGGGGCAUUGUUACCGGGUUGCCGGACUCAACUCGGAGGCAGAACAGUGUUAUCAGGUAGUUGUUGAGGAUGAACCUGAAAACAUCGAUGCACGAGUUCAGCUAGCGAAGAUGUUUGAAGAGCUUGGCAUGUCUGAGCAAGCAAUGAUUUAUGUCAACCAAGUCAUCACGCUGGGACGAAAAGAUAUGGAGCGGCGCAAGGACCACGGGCUCGAUCAAGGACAACCUCUGUACACUAUGGGGUCUCUCAUUUCCAAAUUUCCAACACAGCGCCCUGCCACCCCCGCGAAGAAGUCUACCCCAAGCACAAGUGCUGCACAACGCCAGGAGCGAGAAAAGGUACGCGAGGCGAACGUUAAACAUUGGUUCCAUAUUCUGCAAUCGCAUGAGGUGGCCAUGCGCGAAGGUGACGAGGACGCAUUGCGUGAGUGGAUGAUUGCAGCAAACCGUCUGGUGCAAGACUUUCGAUCGUGCAAGGUCUUCUAUCCGUGGGACAAAUAUGUCAAAUUUUUCGGAUAUUCUGUUGAUGCACGGAAGAAGGCGCUGCGGCCAAGAACCAAUGAAGCAAUGGAAGAGGUUGAGGCUAUGGCAGGCAGGUUACAAGCUUCCUUGGAAAAAGAAGGUAAGGGCGACGAUGCCGUUCUGGCAUCCGUCCCCCAAGAUUACCGCGGUAUUGAUUUCGAUCGAUGGCUGGAUAUCUUCCUCGAGUACGCAUUAAAUCUUGCCAAAGAGGGCGAUGCUGAGAAGGCAUAUGAGGUGGUGACUGCAGCGGCCGAUGCAAAUGUGUUUUAUCAUUCGGCUCAAUCCAAGAUGCUUAUCCACGUAGCUUGGUUCUGUACGUUUUGCAUUUACCCCAAACCCCAUGGAAGUGCAUUGCUUCGACGUGUUUUGAGACUGAUCUUGCAUAUAUUAGCUUGUGCCUUGAUUGGCCAUGAUGAAGAAACAAUCUGCAGCGUUUCCCGCUGGUUUAUGCGAGAAUACCAAUUCACUACAGACGCCUACCGAUUAUAUGCUGCUCUCAACCGCAUGUGUCAUGGCUCUAUUUCUUGGUACAACUCCGGCCCGUCACAGAAAUUCGUGUUGCGGCAGAUUAAAGCCAUGGACUACUCGCUUAUUGGAGAAGAGUCGCGCCGAUCGUGGUUUCAGGAGAAGGCGUCAUACACCACAAGAGAUCAAGAAGGCAACCCAGUCAUGGCGAAAGAGAUGGAUGUGGCUCUCCUAAUGCUUUACGGGCACAUGCUCUUGGUCGGAACCAGCUACUCAACUUCCCUAAAUUAUUUCUAUCGGGCCUAUGCUCUGGACCCGAAAAAUCCGCUCAUCAAUCUAUCCAUGGCGUUAGGCUACAUACAUUAUGGCCUUAAACGACAGUCGGAAAAUCGUCAAUAUCUCAUUAUGCAAGGCCUUUCAUUUCUCUUCGCGUAUCAUGACAUCCGCAUGGCUUCGUCACAUCCCUCCGAGCGCCAAGAGGCAGAGUUCAACGUUGGCAAUGCUUUUCAUCUCCUCGGUCUUAACCAUAUUGCCAUUCCUUACUAUGAGCGCUGUUUAACCAUAGGAGAGGAAAUGGUAGCUGCUGGCGUGCAAAUUGAUGAGCAUCAUCAGGAAAACUUCUCUCGUGAGGCUGCCUUUUCGUUGCAAGGCAUCUAUGCCUCGGCCGGUGAAUUGAGAAUGGCUGCAGCGGUAACAGAAAAAUAUCUCAUUCUGUAAUUGCUCAAGUUCGGCGACAUUUCAAACGUUCAAGCUGAAGCAAUCGGAUCAUCCCGACAAGGUUAUUUUACCCAUGUCAUUUUCGGGGUUUUCGUCGGCUUAUGCA